AUGUCAGGCCGUACGCCCAACCCCGUAAUCCUCUUCAAGACUCCAAAUUCCUCUCUCGCCGAUGAUCCCUACCAUGCCGCCCUCUCUCGGCCUUGUCUAUCCUCACAAUAUCAACCGCACUGGGUUCCGGUCCUCCAGGAGACCUACUCUAUAGACGAGCUAGUUCCCUUUCUGGAAGACGGCCCCAUCCAGUGGGAGGGCAUAAUUGUAACCAGUCGCCGUGGGAUGGAAGGCUGGGUCCGCGCCGUGCAGGCUCAUCUUGCGCAGCAAAGUGGGCACAAAGGCAAAGGGAGGGCUGUGGACAGCCAGGAGAAUUGGAGUGAUAUACCCCUGUUCUCGGUCGGCCAAGCAUCAACAGAGCAUCUAGCUGCUGCCGACAUCCCUCCCGAGUUCAAGCCCACUUGCGUUCCAGAGAUGCUCGGGACUCCACCCAAAUCUGCAGGAUCCUUGUCGGAUCUGAUACUCAAUACCCCGCCUCGGGGCAAAUGGAAAGAGACGAAGAAUGGUAACGGAGACAGAAAGGGACACAGGCCAUACCUGUUCUUGUGCGGCGAUAAAUCGCUUGAAGAAAUGCCAGCAACCCUACGAGCCGCGGGGCGGACUGUCAAAGAUAUCUUGGUAUACACCACCUCCCCCCGACUAGGCAUCGCGGAGACUCUUUCUUCUGUAUCUCAAUCUUCUCCAGAGCUAGGCUCGAAAGGAUGGCUAGGCUUCUUCUCCCCUUCAUCUGCGGCCAUCGUGGUGCCCCUUCUGAAGGGCGAGGAAAGCAAGAGGUGGCAGGGAUGGAGAGUGUUUGCAAUCGGGGACACGACAAGGCGGUCUCUCAUAGAAGACAUGGGGGUCGAAGUCCAUGCUGUGGCGGACAGGCCGAACGCGGAGGGCACCUUGCAGGCCAUUCUGAGUGCUGAUGAGGAGUCCAAGUAG